AUGAUGCCCGCUAGAAUUGGUCACCUUCCCAUUACUAAUGAAAAUCCUCUGGGAGUUUCUUGGCAUGAUUCAGCUUGGAUUCCAUCAUUAAAUCCCUCAAACAUCAUGGAUUACUUCUCUGAAAGAUCAAAUCCAUUUUUUGACCGCACAUGCAAUAAUGAAGUUGUUAAAAUGCAAAGGCUUAGCAUGGAUCAGUUGCAAAAUAUGACUGGUUUAGAAUAUAUCUUGUUACAUGUACAAGAACCAAUUCUAUAUGUUAUUCGCAAGCAACAUAGACACAGUCCUAUGCAAACUAUACCUUUAGCUGAUUACUAUAUAAUUGCAGGGAUAGUCUAUCAAGCACCAGACCUUGCGAGUGUUUUAAACUCAAGAUUGCUUUCAGCCGUUCAUCAUCUGCAAUGUUCCUUUGAAGAAACUAUGUCCUAUUCAAAAUAUCACCCUAGUAAGGGAUACUGGUGGGAUUUCAAAGCAAACAAGCCAGGAGUGAGUCCAUUUAAUUCUGGACAGUCUGCUCCAAAGGAAGUUGCUAAUACAACCAAAGAGGAGCCAUCUACACUCUUUCAGAGACAACGAGUUGAUAUGUUACUAGCAGAGUUAGUGAGGCAAUUUCCAUUACCAGUAUUGUCCACAACUUCCAAUCAGACAAAUGGUGUGUCAGUAAAAACGGAAAACUCAAAUGAUAAGACUGAUAAAGCAGGGGAAGGAAAUGUAAACAACAUUACAAUUAAACAGGAACCCAUAGAUCCAAUGCAUUCAGAAAUGACAAAUGGAAAUAUGCGGCAACAUGUGGAAAUUAAACAAGAGAUAAAACAAGAAAACAUGAAGCCACCUCCGGAGAAAAAACCUAGAAAUCUUUAA